CACCCGGGAGAUGACAGCGACGCGCCGCCCUCCCGGCGGCGAGCGGGCGCCGGCGAACAUGGCAGAGGAGCGGCGCUGAGCCCGCGCCGCCGCCCGGGGAAGGGCGGUCGCCCCUGCGCGCCCCGCGUCCGCCGAAGGGAGCGCAGCGCCGGCGCCUCCGCGGGGCUCUGUGUGAUGGUGGGGGCAUGGCGGGGCAGCCGGCGGCCGCGGCGCUGCUGAGGCGGGGGGCGGCUGGUCCCGGCCCCGGCGGCGGCGGCAGCAGCAGCAGCAGUAGCAGUAUCGAGCGGGGGCUGCCUCCCUCUCCCCGCUGAGAGAAGGAGGGAGCGCCUCGCCUCGCCGUGCCACCCGCCUCGCCGCCGCCAUGCUGCCCGGGGUGGGGGUGUUCGGCACCGGGCUGACGGCGCGGGUGAUCGUGCCGCUGCUGAAGGCGGAGGGCUUCGCCGUGAAGGCGCUGUGGGGCCGCACGCCCGAGGAGGCGGAGGAGCUGGCCAAGGAGAUGAGCGUCCCCUUCUACACCAGCCGCAUCGACGAGGUGCUGCUGCACCAGGACGUCGACCUGGUCUGCGUCAACCUGCCGCCGCCGCUCACCCGGCAGGUCGCCGUCAAGACCCUGGGCAUUGGGAAAAACGUCAUCUGUGACCGAACGGCGACUCCCCUGGAUGCCUUUAGGAUGAUGACUGCGGCUCAUUAUUACCCAAAGCUCAUGAGCAUCAUGGGGAAUGUUUUGCGCUUCCUGCCUGCUUUCGUGAAGAUGAAGCAGCUGAUCCAGGAGGGUUAUGUGGGGGAGCUGCUGGUGUGCGAGGUGCAGGUCCACAGCGGGAGCCUGCUGGGCAAGAAGUACAACUGGAGCUGUGAUGACCUGAUGGGAGGCGGGGGCUUGCACUCAGUCGGCACCUACAUCAUCGACCUGCUGACCUUCCUCACCAGCCAGAAGGCCGUGAAGGUGCACGGGUUGCUCAAGACCUUUGUGAAGCAGACAGACCACAUCAAGGGCAUCCGGCAGAUCACCAGCGAUGACUUCUGCACGUUUCAGAUGGUCCUGGAAGGAGGCGUGUGCUGCACGGUGACGCUCAACUUCAACAUCCCGGGGGAGUUCAAACAGGACAUCAUCGUGGUGGGCUCGGCGGGACGGCUCAUUGUGAUAGGCACCGACCUCUACGGACAGAGCAACAGCUCUCCUCAGCGGGAGCUCCUGCUGAAGGACUCCACGCCAGUCAGCAACUCCUUGCUUCCGGAGAAAGCCUUCAGUGACAUCCCAUCCCCCUACCUGCGGGGCACCAUUAAGAUGGUCCAGGCUGUCCGGCAGGCCUUUGAGGACCAGGACGACAGGAGGACCUGGGAUGGAAGGCCCCUUACGAUGGCUGCCACUUUUGACGACUGUCUGUACGCCCUGUGUGUGGUGGACACCAUUAAAAAGUCAAACCAGCUGGGGGAGUGGCAGAACAUUUCAAUCAUGACUGAGGAGCCAGAACUGAGCCCGGCAUACUUGAUCAGCGAAGCCAUGCGGAAGAGCAGGAUGUCUCUGUACUGCUAGCUCCUCUGAGCUCCUAGGAAUGAAUAGGAACCAGGCAGCUCUUGAAGGAGAUGGUAAUUCAGCCCCUGUGAAGGGCUUGGGUGUCUUAGCUGAGGAUUACAGGAGAAGGAAAUACAGUGUCUGGAUCAAUUAAAUCUGUUGGCAGCUAAAUGCCAAACUAAUGUGGUCCUUUGAAAUGCCCAAAACAGACAGGAGACGUAAGAGCUGAUAAACUUAACUGUUUUAAUAACAGUAUUAGCUGGCUGAUUGCAAAGAUAUAUCACGGACUCAUCCCCUGCUUGCAGGUGCUUUAGAUUAUCCAAUUGUGUUUACUGUGAAAGGUUGGGAAGAUCCUUUUAGAUUUUCCUUACCUACCAGAGGGCUGUGAAGGUACUGUCAUGUUGUUAAAUUUUCUGUAGUGUCUGACAUGAAUGGUUCGUACCAUGACAGCUGACACCACCAUGUUGUAUUACUACACCUCCAACCAACACACAGAAUAACAGGACUUGAUGUGGAAGUGUUGCAGGAUUCAGAAAAUCUUGGCAGUUCACAGCCUGUUAUGAGCUUUUCUGUGUUGGUUUAGUAGUUGUUUCUUGUUUUGUUUGGUUUUGGUUUUUUGUUUUGUUGUUUUCUGGGUUUUUUUAAGCACAAUUAAAUAGGAAAAUGUGUGGCUUUUAAAACAAAGCAGUCCUCAACCACAGUGCAUAUGCCCAGGUGUUUGGGGAGGGAGGGUCGUCUGUGAGCUCCUGGUAAGUGUCAGUGUUACGGGUUUUCCGAUUAAAAUGGGUGAUGGAAAACCUUCAUGCAUGGCAGGUGGCAUGACCCAGUAAUGAUAAUGGGGUUUAUCAUACAGCCGAACUCAGGCUAGUCUUAUAAAGAUUUGCACUGAAUUUCCUGUGUUUGGGACUGACUUUUGAGUGAAUUCAUCAUGCAUUUUGGUUUUAGGUGGGAAACAGUAGGAAUAUAACCCAAAAUCAUACGAUGUUUAAGUGAGCGGUGUUCUUUCAAACCACUGCGAACUCAUGCUUGAGAGAUGCACACCAACAAGUAAUUUCACAUCCCGCAAUCCAGAAAUGCUCACCUCCACCAAGUGGUAAGUGUGAGUGAAAAACAAAAGGGAUGAGAAAAUUUCCCAUCUAUUUACCAGGAAAAAAAAAAUUACAUAGGACCCCCAGCCUUCUCACCUCCUCAAAGUGGCCAGCUACUGGUACUGUAUUAAUCAUCCCCUGUCACCAGUGCAGGGGUGGACAAACUCUUUUGCUAUGUUUGUCCUGUUCUUCUUUUUAAUAUUUUAGAUUGCAGUCUUGAAAUAAUUAUUCUUUUGAGAAUAUCUUCUUGAAAGAAUUUGGUGAAAGGCAUAUGAUUUAUCCCAGUAAACAGGGAUACUGUUUUUCUGUGUAAAGCUGCUCCAGUGCUGAUGUGUUUACAGCGCUAGGUCUUCAGAUAGUAAAAAAAGUAGAACACAAGCAUAUAGCACUAAAUCAUAUUAAACUUGAGAAAAACCUUUUCAGGGCUUUUGGUUAAUUUUGACUAGGGGAAGUAAGAGAACACUGGGGUGAGCAGUAAAUAUAAAGAGAAAAUAUGUUUUUGAACAGGAAGGCAUCAAUAGUGUUGUUCAUCUUAUCUGGCUUUAGUCAGCUCAGAGUUGGAUGUCUUGUUCUGAUCAGCAAGAACACUGCAGUCAAUACUGAGAGAGCUCUCCAAAGGCUGACUCAGUUCACCCUAGGAUUAAUACAGAAAGAGGUGCCCACUGGAAAUGCCUGUCUCCCUCCUUUGCAGAGAAUUUUGGCUUCUAAAUUUUGAUGUGGUUGAAGUUAGGAAACUUGACUCCCAGCCCAAAAUUGAUUCAUUUGUGCUUAAUAUUUCAAGAGCAUAUAUAUGACCUUUCGUUAAAUAGUCCCCAAAGUGUGGUAGUGUGACUGCUGAAGGAAUAAUGUAAUACUGCAAAACCACACCCAAGGGGAGAAUUGUUUCUAUCCAUGUUGUUCUACCAGUUCUAGCAACUCUCUCUGGGGCUGUUUCAGCUAAAACCUCAGGCAAGGCUUCAUCGUUCCUUCUUGGAAGCAGCCCUUGACAAGUUUGGUUGUUUUUCUUUAAAAUGGGUUUAUCUAAGAAUUCCAGAGGUAGUAUCUGUGCCAAUAGGAAUCUCCCACUGCAACUGUCAUAGUAUAUACCAUGCUAUCCAGUUCCUGCCCUGAAAAGUAAGUAACACAGAAGAGAGGAUUUGAUCAAGAAAUCACCUGUCUCCUGAAAAACAGAAUUACCCCCAAGGGGAUCAAGAGUUUUCAUACACUGAAGCAAAACCCAUUUACUGAAAAGAGUGGCUAGUUCAAGUCAUGAAUGCAAGGCUGGUGGAUAAUUAAUCAUGUCUAGUUAAAUAUCAUCCAAAAGUGGAACCAAACAUGGACCAAAAUGUUUGUGAAUCUUGCUUCUCAGUGGUUUGGUGAUUUUGCUGGAGUUGCUGAUCAUGUCUUUGCCCUUCUUUAUAGUUCACAACUGUUGGCCGUGUUUCCUUUAUGUGUUUUCUUCUUUUCCCUGUCUUUCUGGGUUUUGUGAUGCCAGUUAGAAUCCUUUCCCCUGCCCCAGCAGUGAACAAGUGAGACACAGUGAGUAAGGAUAGUACUACCGAGCUCAAACUUUCUGCCCCAGACACAAAGGUUUAGGUGACAGGCAUCAUCCAUCCUCUGUGCACACCUACUGAUGCAGCAGAAAGAAAAUCCAGUGCUUUGGUUACACAGACAUCUGAUGCUGCUGUUCGUACUGGCUUGCAAGUGGGUCGAAUCUUGUACAGCUCCUUGUGCUGGCCCAGAGAGAGCAGGGACCUCCUCUGCUAAUGGUAGCAGAGAUGCUACAUUUAUGUUACCUAACUGGGAUGGCAGCAGGGGCUGCAUACAUUCAGGAUUGUACAGCAGUUUUUCCAUUCUCUAGGAGGUGAAGGUGCUGCAGUGUCAAGUGUAAACAUACUAAACUUCCACCUGGCUUGGAGGAGGAAAGAAUUGGUGUAUUUAUUGAAUGUGUAUUGUUAUUCUGACAAAUAGUCUCUUUAUAGUCUGGGAUUUUUCUUGGCAGCAUACAGCCCUCUGUUCCUUUGGUGCAGUUGAAAGUACAUUGAAUUUGCCCUAAGUAGCCUCUGGAGUUCAAGUUGGGUUUAGGAAUUUGGGCAGCAGAUAGCAGAGAUGUACUUGAUUGAACUCAGAAGCAGUACCAUCCCAGGAAACAUGUAUUUGGAAUUGCACUUUUAAUGCUGUGCCACAAGGUUUGAGAUGAAGGCUGCUAAAUUGGUGCAGGCCGAGGAGCCAAACUGCAGCUACUGAUGGAAUUUACAGUAGCCCCCAAAUGAACUUGUUCAUACACUAGAUAAGAAAUUUCAUUCCUCUUUCCCAGGGCUGCUAUGGGAGAGGCUCUUUCCUUUGCCAUCAGCCUGUGCGCGUAGGUUACUGAUCGUUAUGGUCUGUUGCCAAAGACAGAGAGAGCCAAAGGGUGAGCUUUGCUGCUCUGCAGGGCUCUGUUCCAGUGCUGGGACAGUCAGCUGGGAGAGAGUGUCUUAUUUCCCAUUGGAAUUGGGAUUCACACCAGGGAUAGGGCAACCCUACACUCUGUGACAGCAGGGCACAAUUGAACUCCUUAAAUGUGCCCAAAGGGAGGGCGGUGAUUGCAGCAGGGAGCAGCAGGAAGGUGUCUGCAGGCUGGUACCUCUGUGCCUGCCCUGCAGGGAGGAUGUGCUGGUGGUGUGGAGGGUGAGGGCUGCGCUUCCUGAGGGUGACAGCAGCAGCCUUGCUGCACCUCUGUGUGUGGGAGCCCAAGAAGGGACCCUGCCCUUGGGGAAGCAGAAUCUGUCCCAUACUCCUGCUGGAUAGGCACAUGCUCAGUGCUGGUCUCAGUGAAGUCCUACAUGGAAGCGUAAGAACUCUGCGGGAGCUUGGGCUUUCCUACAUCUAGUACUGUGCAUGUGGUAAAUCCGUAGUACUUCAGCUGUGUAGUGAAAACAUACCCAGUAGAGACAAUGGGACCUUACCCUUGCAGCCAACACAGCAGAGAAUUGGGCCACGCCUUGAUGAGUUUUGGCUCAGGAUGGGCUGCUCUGGAGCUCAUCCUCUGCUUUGGCUGGAAGCAUGAGAAAUCCCUGUCCAGCCAGCAUCAGGCAAUCAGAGGCACUAUCCACUUUGUACUAAGUGUUCCCUUCUUUUCCAUAGCUUUCCAAAAAGUGACUGAACAAGUGAGCAGCUGUAAUGGAAGUUCAGCCAUUCGAAAAAAGGAGGCUUUUCUGCUGCAUGUGGUCACAGCACAAUGACAAUUCAAUUUCUUGUUUAGUUUUGUGCCCAUACAAAUGUGGAAUAGACCCAGACAAUUUAAAAUGACUCUCUGUUCUACCAAGAAAAGGCAUAUUUUAUUUACUGGGUAAAGGUAAACAUAGUAUCUUGAUGUUGUUUUUGCAGAGAAUCAGAAAUGAGUGAUGACAGAACUUCUUGUUGCUGGGAAUUUUUGUAUUUGACUUCUAUUUAUGUCCUUCAGCAUAAAAUAUCACUCAUUAUGAAGUCUAUUUGCUGCUAAGUUCCGUAUUUACAGGCCAGAGUUGUGGCUUUGUGCAGAUACUCCACACUGGUUUGGUGUUCCAGUGGCCCAGUGAUGUACCCUUAGUAUGUAUGAAACUCAGCACUGGACUUUUGACCUCUGCAGUGAUCUCUGGGUAUCUGGAGAUAAUUGUGAAAUGGCAGGAUUAUUCAGGACAGCAGUUUCUUUUUGUUGUUGUUGAAGUUGUUACUUGUGGGGAGCAAAGUUUGUAAAUUUUAGAGAUGAAGUGUGACUGAAUAAUAUUUGGCAGUCUUAUCUGCUUUAAAAUUUCCUCUUUUUUGAGCUGCUGGGUGAAGUCUGUCCAAUAAAAAUAAUUUCCCCUUAACUGCCCACUUCCAUUUGCUCAUGAAAAGAAGAAAUUUUAAAGUAAAUUAGACUACACAUAAUGCUGCAUUCAUGAACUGAUGUCAAACCCUCAUGACUUAAUGAGUGUAUGAAGCCACAGUCCAAACAAGUAAUGUCUUUUUUGAAGCUGCCAGAUCGAGGCCUUGGGGAAAGAAGGGCAUCAGCACAGGUCAGACUGAAAUAGCUUUUAUUCAGCGUUUUGAAUAAAAUGAAUAAACAGAAUGGCUAUAGUCAAUCCAAAACUGAACACAUGUUUGUAUAAGGGUAUUUAUUUACAUUUUUGAAAUUUUGGGAUUAAGUUCCAUUUUUAAAGAAUGCUGUUUUGAAAUGAAAGGUUUUUAAAAUCUUUUAUUAUGUUUUGGCAUGUGUGAAAUAAAUUGUUUGGGGCUGGAUGGGCGGGGGUUUUGUUUUUGGUUGUUUUUUUUUUUAAAUCCAUACUUUAAAAAUCUCAUCCAUUUGGUUUAAGGAUGUUCAGUGAAUUCAGCUGCCCUUGGGCAGGUUCAGCUCUGAACCUGGACCCUCACAGUAUCUUACAGUGACCCCAUUUUUAACAUCUGAAUUUGGCCUUCUGAGUUUCCUUUGUGUCUUCUUGUGGCAGUGGGAAAACUGAUUCAUUCCAUGGAGUUGGCAACAGAUCAUCAAGACACUUUUUGCAGCAAUGCCAGCCAUUGUCUUUAAAAGCACUUAACUCUAUUGACUUGUUUACCUUGGUUAGUUAUGACCUUCCAGCCAUGUGCUGUCCAUUAUUUGUUUUCCUUUUUUUUUUUAUCAGCCAUUGGACUCCGUUCCCUGCCCUCUCUGUUUCUCAUUCCAUUGCAAACCUGGAGGCGAGCCUCCCUCGUUACCCACUGAGCUCCUGCUCAGUCUGUGUUACACAUGGCAUACAGGGUGGCUAACUACAACUUGAAGUGACUUUUAAUACAGUCCAUUACAGGACAGGUGAACACCAGGACUGCUCGAGUACGGGGCAUUCCGAGUGCCCAGCCGGGGCACGAAUCAAAGCUCCCUGCUGUGCUGUGCUUCACAAGCAACACUCACUGUUUCUCUCCCACUGGUUUGCUUUUAUUUGAUUUUGAAAAUGAGACGAUGUUCAGUUUGUUGCUGUGUCAAUAUUAAGUAUAUAUUUAUUGUUUUUCAGACAUACAUACAUAAAUAUAAAUGCUAUAUAUAUAUAAUGUCAACGCAUGGACAUAUGUACAGUAGAUAUUUUAAAGAGCUAUUUAUCAAGAAAAGUAAGUGUUAUAAGUAAACAGAGUUUAUAUUUUAUAUAUUAUGUAGAUAGCAAAAAAAAAAAAAAGUGGUUAAAUUAUACUAGGACUUUUGGGGGUGGGGUUGGAGAAAUGGGCAAGGACUGGUUCUAGCAUUUUAAACAGCCAAACUACUUUGUACGGAAGCUGCCUGCUGUGCCUCUCAGCUGCAACAUCUGUUUGUUUCUUCUUUUAGAAGAUGAUGUGCAUUGUUACUUUUACAUUGCUUGGGGAAUGUAGUUAGUUUAUUCUCAGCCACCUGGUAUGUGCUGCUUAAAACAUGGUUUCCUGCUGUUCUGCAUAUUUGCAUUGAUGGAAUAAAAGGAUCUUAACUGGCAAAUAAAGAUGUAAAAGGUUGUGAUCCCA